UACAUAAAAAAUGUGAGUUGUGUGUUCAAGUAAUAGUUGUCCCCAGCCAUAAUGAGUUGCAGAACUGAUCACCUGUCCUGCUUUAGAUUAAUAUGAAUCAGUCACAAGAACAAAACCUUCAUUUAUCUGCUUUACCUGCAUUUCGUAAGCCGCUAAUGAAGAUAUAAUUUCAUUGAAGUUUGUUUUUGAGAUUUCUUUUCCAACAAUUCUUAAAGAGCAAGUCACCCCCUACCAGAGAAUUACCCCACUCCACUUCCUGUUUGAAAAAUGCAACAAAUGCUGUUGCCUAGCAGACCGAGAGGGCGGAGUCGCUAACAAACACACACACACACACACACACACACACACACAUACACACAUACACACAUACACACACACACACACACACACACACACACACACACACACACACACACACACACACACACACACACACACACACACACACACACACACACACAGGCUCACAAUGACAAUGGCUGUGUCUCAAUUCAGGGUCUGCAUCCUUUGAAGGACCCAGCCUACUAGGCCGACGUGGGCUGGGUCCUCCGUCGGCCGAGUAGACCGGAUGUUAACGGCUGUGAAUUUGGACAGGCCUAGCCUUCAUGAAUUCCCGCCUCUCCCUCGGUGAACGUUCCGUCGCCUAGCAACCAUGGAACUGCUGAGCAGAAGGGAGAAGGAACUUCAAAUGAUGGAGCUGGAAGUUUUGUUGAGCUUUUCAAUAAUUUCCUUGGUUCUGGAGGAGUUAGAAGACAUGUAUCGCCCGCGAAGGCAUUUUCUACUGCUCAGGCUGAGACGCAACAAUGAACAGGUAAAGUAAUUUCUAUUAAGUAGGCUUUACCUGUCGGCUAUAGCUAGCUUAAUGGAUAGUUUUAGCAACUUUUUACAGGCUGUAAACAGACUCCGUGUUAAAUUCAAAACCUAUACUCAAUAAUAAACUACAACUUCAAAUCUUUUUUACUUACUCAACUAAAAAAGCUCCCCACCAAAUGAGUUACUCAAGUAAGAAGAAAAAAAUGUGAAAAUGGCUUAAAUAAAAGAAAAUAAUAAUUAAAAAUAUGGAUAUCAUUAAAUAACAAAUAACUGUUAGCAGAAAGAGCACAUGACAUGGAACCAUCAAUUACCUGUAGAGGGACAUCUAGUGGACAAAAACAAGAACUUGUUAUAUGACUUACAAACUUCAUUACAGAAAACUGAUCUUUUGGCCUUCAUUGCGUACAUUCUUCAAAAGUUAAGUUUUUAGAAAUUUUACAUUGAGAAUAAUGUUAUGUUUUAUAAAAACUUGAAAUUACAGCUUUGAAAUAAAACUUUAUUUUUUCUGUAGUUCUCUUUAACCACACUAGACCCAGAUACUGCAGCAGGAUUAACCCGAGUGUCCCAGUCCUGGACCGUUUCUUCAACCAGCAAGAUCCGAGUCCAGACGUUCGUUUGAGCAGGGAGUCCCUUUCAGUGCUGCUGAAUCUGCUGAACCAAGAUCGGCGUCAUGGUCGGGGUGCCACAAUUGAGACCCUGGUGUUUCUUUUCUGGUUUGGCAAGCGGAGCAUCUUACAAGGUGGUCUCCAGAGCAUUCGGGAUACCUCGUUCGUCUGUCCACCGCAUCGUCCACAGAGUCACGGAGGAGAUUGUGGCCAUUCGCCACCAGGUCAUCCACCUUCCAAAAACCCCUGAAGACCUGGAGGUGGUGUCCCGGGGGUUUGCAGAGCUGGCACGGCACAGAGCUUUUUUUAAAGCUGCAGGUGCCGUCGACGGCUGCCACAUCAGGAUCAAGCCUCCAAGCGGCCCUGAUGGUCACUGCUACAGGAACAGGAAACUGUUCCCCUCUAUCAUCCUGCAGGCUGUGUGUGACCAUCAGGGCCGCUUCAUUGACACCUACGUGGGCUGGCCGGGGUCGGUGCACGGCUCCAGGGUGCUCCGCCACAGCCCAUUCUACAGGCAGGCAGUCUACCCUCCUCCAGGGCACUUCAUCCUCGCAGAUGGUGGGUACCCACGCCUGCAAAGCCCACUCCCACUCAUCACUCCCUACAAACGUGGGAAUCUAGGUGUGGCUGCCCAGCGCUUUAACAGCCAUCAUUCCAAAAGCACGCUCUGUGAUAGAGCGUGCUUUUGGAAUGAUGAAAACCAGGUUCAGAGCCAUCUUCCUGCAAGCGCUGGAGGUCCACCCCACCUUUGUGCCUCACAUUGUUACCGCUUGUGCCAUCCUCCACAACAUCUGCCUCAGUGCUGGAGACUUUGUGGUGGCGGAGGAUGAGCCUGAGGAGGAUGGUGGAGGUGAUGAGGGGGAGGCUGGUUUGGAGGAUGUCAGCGGUGCACGCUGGCGGGACCGGCUGUGCUGUGAGGUGUCUGCCCUGGAGGAGGUUCCACUGGACCAUGACUACUGUUAACAGUCUUGGUCAUGUAGCAGCCGUCGACAGCCAGCCCUGCAAACCGAUGGACGAUGCAGUGGACAGUCAAGACGCAUGUUGAAGCUCUCUCUGCAGACCACCCAGUAGGAUGCUCCACUUGUCAACCAGAAAAGGGCAGCCACGGGUCUCAGCUCCAGCACUCCGUUCAUGACAUUCAUCUGUUCAGCAGAUCCAGCAGCCCUGUUAGGGACUUCCUGCUUCAGAGUUGUUGAAACGGUCUUGGAACAGGACACUCAGGUAAAUCCUGCACCAAAUAGGCAUUUUAUUUUUCU